GGGCGCGUCCCGAUUGGCCGCCUGCCACGUGCGCUUUUUAUGGAGGCAGCUGGACAGUGUAGAAAGACACGUGCCAGAGUGAGUCCCAGUCCCCUGGCAUGCGUGCAAAAGGUAGAACCCCCUGUGACGAAGCGACGCUUGUCAAAGGCACACCACCGGGCUAAGCUGGCAAGGCUCUUCAGCAGCUUGAAGGAGGCCGUUUUAUCCCAGCCAGACCACUCGGCCUCAAAGUAUCAGGUUUUGCGUAAGGCUAAGAAAUCUGUGCAGAAGCUGGAACAAACCUUGGGCACUCUGCUGAAGAUGAAAGAGUCCUUCAGUCUGGAGGACGGGAACCUGUCCAGCAUGGAGGAAAUCAGGGAGGAAUAUGUCAAGAGGUACUUCAGCAAUCACAGCACUGCAUCAACCUUGGAAGCUGUAAGUGAGAGUGACUCUGCCAUCUCCUAUUUGAUUCAAGAAUGUGAACAACAAGCACUGGAAGAGGGUGAGAAGCCAGAGCUGAUCCAGGCUUCAGGGACUUCAUCCCUGGAUCUGGUGGAAUUUGAACGAUACUUGUAUUUUUAUAAGCACACAGUGGACCUGCUGGUAGAGCACGGACUUGUUUGCCCUGAGGAGGUGCCUCUCCCUGAGGUCUCCAUGGCUGUUUCCCACCUCUGGCAAGAGCUUUCUGAAGAAAGGAGAGACAGCAUCUUGCAGUACUGUAGCCAGAGAGAAUUCCUCAUGAAUCCUAAGCCCGCACCCACUGAAGGUAGUGUGAGGGACAGCCGAGGUAACAGUGAGGAAGCCAGUGGUUCCUCAGUCUCCACAUCAGAGAAAGCAAUGUUUGAAGAUGCAUUUGAUGUUGCUGCAGAUUUCCUUGACAGAAGCACUCAGGGAAUGUCUAGCCAGAGCUCGGCAUUUGGAAGCUGCGCUUCUGAAAAUCCAGAGGAUCACCACAGGCUCUAUCUGCAGAUCACAGACUUCCUAAAAAGCCUCUUCUCUGCUAACACACCAUUUUGCCAGGAAGAAGAUCUGCAGUUUGAUUAUGAGACUGUGAUGCUGAGGUGCACCGAGACCUUUGAUGAUGAAGAUUUCUAA